UUAUUUUUUCAUUGGAUGUCCAGCAACCUACCUUGAACAAUAAAUUCACAUAUUAAAGACAAAUUGAGGGAAAAUUUGGAAAAAUAAAAACGUAUUAGGAACUUUUCAAAUAUUUUUUUUCAUUAAUAUUGAUGUUAAACUUUAUUUUUUGAUUUGUUUGAUUUGUUUGUUUUGUUUUGUUUGUUUGUUUGAUUUGUUUGAUUUGUUUGUUUCGUGUUGUAUUUUUUUGCCGGGAUUCUCAUAUGCCAAAAAAAAAAAAAAAAAAAAAAAUAUUAUCCGUUGAGAGCAAAACAGAAGACAACCAUAACAGAGUCAACAGACUUAAAUAAUACAGACGGGCAGGCAUAUCAUGCUUCCUAGAAAGGGAACAAUUUCAACAUUUACUUUCCAGGCAAUAUGUCAGUAGUGCAGACCAGAAUUCAUGAGAAAUAUAAAUACCAUUUUGAAAAAGUUCUAGAAUUUCUGUUGAAAGGUCUGGAACAUUUAUCAGCGUUUAUACAGCACUUGAAUGAAAUAACUGGUGGGAGAUGUCAAGAUGAUGACAAAUACAUAGCUAAAGUCUUGUUUCCCUUGAUUGAAAAAGCAAAAACGGAAUUUGAUGAAAUGGCGACAUACGCUGAAGGUUUAUUACAACAGAUAAAUUCCGACUUCGAGCGAUGCGUGUCUGAUUUGAAGGUUAAUAAUGACAAGUUAAAGGAAAUAGAUUCGGAUCUAAAUGAGUUGGAGAAAGAGUUACAGGGUACAAAGAAAGCUGUAGACACUGCCAAUGAUCAAUGUAGAAGAAAAAGAGAAGAUUUGUCCGCUGCCGAAAACGCACUCUCGGAUGCAAGGCGUAAGCUCGAAGACGCGAAAACAGCUCAAGAAGCAACCAUUGCUGCUGGAGUAUCAACUACAGUAGCCUCAGCUUUCCUAACAUUUUUCGUUCCACCCUUGGGUAUAGCCGGUAUGGCAGCCGGUCUUGGUACAGGAAUAGUAGGCGUCACAGCUCUUGAAGAGGCAGUCUCGUUGUGUUCAAAUAAUUUUAGUUCUGCUCGUAGUGAAGUGCAAUCGAGUGAAUCGGUACUGGAAAGGGCAAGAAAUGCUAAAACUGUAGUAGACAACAAGUUGGACAGUGCAAACAAAAGGAAACAGCAAAUAAAGACCCAAAUGGAAGAAGUAAAAACUGACAAAAAUACACUUGAGGAAUAUCGAAAACUUAUAAUAAUAUUCGCUGAAGAUUACAAGAAAUUUCACCGCCAACUUUGCGAUUUUUAUGGCAAAUAUAAGGUCCUAAGAUGCGAAACAGCUGGUGGAUAUUCACUUCAAAUGCUUCAAUCGCCAACAAAGAUGAUAGGUGUUUCUCUCUCGUCGCUGUGUCAGAGCGCAGCAAUUAAAGCAUUAUGUGAACAUCCUAUUCAAGCAAUUAUGAGAAAACAUCUGCUUCAGAUUGGGUCUGUGAAAUGGCAAACUUUUGAGCAAGUUUCAGAAAUAGAUGAUCUUAUUUGA